AUGUUCAAGAGGUCAUCCAUUACAGGCAUUUCCCUUGAUGCCUCAGGCCUCGUGGCGCUGGCAGACCUCUCGACUAUCGCACAAAGAACGGCCCUCACGGGUACUGCUUCGUUUCUUGACAUUCUCAUCCUCGCGCCAGGGAUCCAUCGUCACCAGGCUGCAUCAGAGGUCAAUGGCAGAGAGCUUCCAAUAACAGGUGCAAUGACUACUGGAUAUGUGUUUCGCAUUGAGAACCAGGCAACUGUCAGUUAUCUUCAGAAAAUAGGACGCCCCGGGCGCCUCGUGAACGUGCUCGUCAAGGAGCGGGCCACGAGACCCUUUGGCGUGCAGUGGUUCAAGGUCAAAUUCUUAACAGGCGGUGCUGCUGCAUCCGUAUUGUACCACUUGAUUGUGGUCUUGACCGUCAUCACUAUGACGCUCCUUUUAGUGAUCCGCGAUUGGUGGGCCGUAAGCGUAUUGCUCAUGCUAAUGUUUGCGCGCAUCAUCAACGUAGUGGUGAUCAAGCAGCGGAUCGUGAUGGGAUGGAAAGGGGCGGCAGAGGUGGGAGUACAAGGCGAUCUAUUGGUGCUACUCAGCCAAGAUCGAUGGGUGCGAAUGCUGGGACUGGUGGAUGAUUUGAAAGCAGUAACUUCUGGGCAGUGGCUCCGCGACGAAACGACGAUCGAAGGAUUUGCCACAAGUUUUGCGACGCUGCUGGUCUAUGUCUCCGCAGCGCUUGCAAGUAACGCAUCUACCAUCGGUAGCUUCUUCAUCGUUUGCUUGAUGCUCGUAUCUGUGGCUUUAUUGGGGCUAUGUAACUCCCUCACAGAUUGUCUGCAGAUGUUCGGUCGCAUUGUGACUACUACAGGAGAGUCGAAGAGAUAUGAGCGGAGGCUGGAUAUGGCGAAGGAGCUGGUAGAGUCCUCUCAGCGUGAUGACUGGGCCAUCGGCCUAGGGCUUAUUCUACCGGGAGAUCGGGCAAAGAAAGUUUCCGUCUAGGUUGAUGGGUCUUCAUAAGCAUCUCUUUACUCACAGUGUUUCGCUCUGAUUUACACGGUUUGCGUAUGGGUCUUUCAAGCCUGCGCUGCCGUAGAUACGCUCUUCUGUAUCGUUUACUGUCAAUCGCUGUUCGUCUGCUGCUCUACGAAUGUACUAUCAAUAUGUCUAUUUUCGCCAUACUGACACGGACGAUGGGACCCGAUCUCUGCAUCUGUACUUCCAGAUGACUCAAAUAUAUCCAUUGCCCUUUCAGUGGCCCAAA